ACUCCAAAGCCUCCCCUGUUUUUUCCAGGCUCCCUCUCGCCCACCGUCUCCCAAGAAACUCCGUCUUCCCACGCCAUCGCUCGCACGCCUGCACGCCCGCAGCAUCAGCGCCCGAUCUCGUUGCUCUUCUUCCGCCAGCCUUCGCCGCUCUCUCUCUCUCUCUCUCUCUCUCUCUCUCUCUCUCUCUCUCUGUGUCUUUGGAAUUUGUGAUGGGUCAUUGUUAUUCUAGAAGCGACGCUCAUGGAAUCCGAUUCUGUUUUUUGGGUUGAUCGGAUUUGCCACUGAAAUCCAAUCCAAGAUUCCGAAUUUCGGUCUCCGUUUUUGUUCUUGACCAAAUUUCGGAUCUGGGUUUCGGUUUCCUCUCGAUUCUCUUCCCCGCUCUGAUUUCGACGUACAUUUGAUCCGAAUCUUUCUUCUUUUCACCUUUUCUCGACCCGUCUGUACAAAGGAGGAAUCCUUUUGCCUUUUUUUCCAAGCUUUACUUCGUUUCCUUAAGCUCGAGAGAGAGAGCGGAGCUGGUGAUUCGAUCGGGUUAGCGAUGGCUGCGGCGAAGAACACCGGGAAAUCGAGAAGGGGCGUUGAUGAGAGCCAGAAGAUGACGGAGUUGGAGACGGGCAAGGGAGACUAUGAGUUCAGCUUGGAGAACCAGCAGUGGAGGCCUGUGUUUGGAGAAGCUUCCAUGUCGGGUAGGCCUCUCAAGAAGAUCCGGAGCCCGGAGAGGCAAGCGAGCUUCCAGUUAUCAUCGUCUUCUUCCACGCAUCAGAAUCAAACACCUUUCGCCAUGCCUUCCUCUGUUCCUCCUACCUCAGCCUCGUCGGUCGGUCACUCUCCCAUGGCUCCUUCGUCUUCGCACAACUCUCCGAGAUUGAUCUUUCCUUUUGCUCUGGAGGGAGCCCAACAUCACGGGCAGUUCCAGCAACAGCUCGGGACCGUGCCGUAUCACGCGUUUCGGCCGGCGCUCCAGCUCCAACCUCCGCAAAACCAGGGGCAGCAGCAGCAGCAGCAGCAGAUGAUAUCUUUCACCUCGCAACAGCAGCAGCAGCAGCAGCAGCAGCUAAGCCUUAAUCAGCCGCUGUAUAAUUUCGCAGGUGACUUGUCCCCAUUGCAGCACCCCCAGCAGAGGCUGCUGCAGUACUGGAGUGACGCGCUGAAUCUCAGCCCGAGGGGGAGGAUGAUGAUGAUGAAUCGGUUGGGGCCCGACGGCAGGCCGAUCUUCCGGCCUCCGCAGCCGAUAAACACCACGAAGCUCUAUCGUGGAGUGAGGCAGCGGCAUUGGGGCAAGUGGGUUGCAGAGAUUCGCUUGCCGAGGAACCGAACCCGACUCUGGCUCGGAACCUUCGACACAGCCGAGGAUGCAGCCCUGGCCUAUGACCGCGAGGCGUUCAAGCUACGAGGGGAGAAUGCCAGGCUCAAUUUCCCCGAGCUUUUCCUCAACAAGGACAAGGCUGAGGAAUCCGCUGGUCCAAGCUCGUCAUCUUCGUCACCCCCCAAGGAUGAAAACGUGAUCACUCGCCAAUACAUGAAGACUUCUCCGCAAGCUUCAGAAGAUCCCACCCAGCAGGACUCGUCCAUGGAGCUGAUGACCUCGCCGCCUCAGGAAACCAAUCCCGAUGGGGAUUCGGGAAUAGGAUCGAGCGAGGCCACGGCAAGUGAAGCGGUUCAAGGGGUGGCAGGAAGUAGCAUUGCAGGGGAAGGAGGCUCGGUCUCGCAGGAGAUGGUGUGGAGGGAAAUGGCGGAGGCUUGGUGCAAUGCGAUGCCGGCCGGCUGGGGACCGGGCAGUCCAGUAUGGGAUGAUUUGGAUGCAAGCAGCAAUAUUCUGCUGCCAUCACACCUUCCUUUCGGCCAUGGGAACGAGCAGGAGUUCGACGAGAAUAAUGUCCGGAGGCAGCAGGAAAAUUUCUGUGCCGCUUCAUCAUCGUCGUCAAGCUCUUGCCCUAUGAAACCCUUCUUUUGGAAGGAUCAAGAUUGAGGUUUCAUCAGCAUUUCCACAAGAAUCUCUGUCUCUGUCUCUGUCUCUGUCUCUCUCUCUCUCUCUCUGAAAAGUUCUUCCUUGGGUCCAUUUCGCAAAAUCACCUCAUUUUGCUCAAAGGGUUGAAGAUUUUUCUGAAACCAACCUUCUGAUUUUUCAAAAAUUCCUGUCUUUUUUAAUCAUCCACACAAUUUGGUCCCAAAAGACAUUGUCCUCAGGCUCAGAAACUCUUCUUGCUGGUUGCAGAUAUUCCAAAAAGCAACCCAGCACAUUUUUCUUUUUUUCAAGAAAACUUCCGAAGCUUCCUCAUUUCAUCAUCUCCCUUUUUAUCCCUUUCCCUGGUUUAGAUGCUGAGAACCUUCCAGAUUCGUCUCCAUCUACGGAUGUGACCCUCCUUGAAUUCCCAGAUGAACAGGGGCUGCAUAUUUUUUACAAGCCUUGCCUUUCUACUGAGAGGAGUGGGACAAAAAAGAAGGCCAUUCGAUCCCCGGUAGUUGUCACAGCAGUUUGUCCAUGUGGGGGGUUGUGACUUGUGGAUUUUACAUGCUAUUUGUCUUUUAGUCUGUAUCUGGUACCUAGCCUUAUGAUAUUCGGGUUGGUAGUAGCUGUAGCCUGUAAAUCACAAUUUCCAUGGUGGGCCUGCAUUGAAGGAGACGGUUUUGUGAUCUCCUUCUCAAUUGGUCCGUCCAUCACCAGCGAUGUUUUUGUGCUGUGAUGGAGUCAUUGUAGCCUUUUGUGAUUAUAUCUCAUAUCAUUGAUAGACAAUUGAUGGA